GGUGUUACUUGACGGUGGUCCACCGCACCCACUGGAAGCUGGGGGCAGCCUGGGAAACUGGAGCAUCCCUGUUUUGUCACCCACCCACCCAGCAUCAGUGAACAAAAAGAAGCCACAGCCUUACGCUGACCAUGUGAGCAGACAUGGGUUGCAGGUGGGGAGGGACUGGACAUUCAUCGCUGAGUUAGCUGACUGGGGCUAUUUUAAUCCAACACUAUGGCUAAGCAGUACGAUGUGCUUUUCCGACUCCUGCUCCUCGGAGAUUCUGGGGUUGGGAAAACAUGUUUGUUAUGCAGAUUCACGGACAACGAGUUUCACCCGUCUCACAUCUCCACCAUCGGAGUCGACUUUAAAAUGAAGACACUAGUAAUAGAUGGUAUCAAAGUACGGAUACAGAUAUGGGACACUGCAGGCCAGGAGAGGUACCAGACCAUCACUAAGCAGUACUACAGACGAGCACAGGGAAUCUUCCUGGUAUAUGACAUCACGAGUGAGCGGUCCUUCCAGCACAUCAUGAAGUGGGCCAGUGAUGUGGACGAGUACGCUCCUGAUAAGGUCCAAAAGAUCCUUGUUGGGAACAAGUCAGAUGAGGUGGACAAGAGGCAGGUGGCCACAGAGCAAGGGAUCAAGCUGGCCGAGGCUUAUGGAAUGGACUUCUUUGAGACAAGUGCCUUCACCAACCAUAAUAUAACAGAGACUUUCACACGAUUGGCUGAGCAAGUGCUGGCAGCCAAUAAAAAGGACCUGGAUCUUCUCUGGAUGUCCAUUAAUGAUGAGUUUAACCUUGCUGCUCUGGAGGAAGAAGAGGGGCUUUGUGACAGUGUGACGGGCGACCAACGCAAAGGCUGCUGGUGUUAAAGAAACAAGAAUUUUUAGUUGAAUAUAUGAUGUCACUACAUACUUUGCACAUCUUUGGAAAAAAUGUCUCUCCUUUUGUUGUUAGUUGAAAUAAAGAGGCAUACCUAGCUACAGACAUGUCUCUCAAUGUCACGGAGCAACGUAAAAAAUGCUAACAUGCCAUUUGAGAGCAGUUUCAAGGACAAAAGGGGAAACAUUUUGCCAUAAAGUGUGUGGUGAAGUAACCAAAUGAAGAUCUAAAUGUCAAGGUUUCCCUCAGCAGGACAGAAUGAGCACACAUUUCUGCUCAGUCUAGUCUGUCUUUGACGUAACCAAACUCGACUCCUAUCCACUGCAAAUUGGCAGGUGACACGCAGUUGAAAAGAGCCUGAAUUGAAGAUGUCAUCAUGCUUUCUUUAUAGAAUUAAUACAGCGGUCUAGAUGUAGAGGAUAGAGAAAAGGCUUGGAAUUGCCCACUACUGACUUAGGAAUUCUAAUUUUUUUGCAAAUCAACAGUAUAACUGGUUGCAUUUGACCUUGAUUCCCCCCUUUGGUAUUUUUUAUGUGGGUAGUAGCACUCAUGCACCUGUAGCCUUUCUACUGUUGACUGCAUUAGAUGUAGUGUAGGAAAUUACCAGAAGAGGGGGCUGCGUGCACACACUGGAGAAGUGGCAGGUUGCUGUAGUACACAGUUGCUUCUCUUCUUGUGUCUGACUUUGGUUGUAAUGGCACUUGAAAAGGCUAACUUUAAUGAAAUGAAAGUAUUCUAAAUAUGCAGCCAUUUUGUUAUAUUAAUCUAAUGCCUUCACAAAAAUGCAACUUUUAUCUUCCAUCUAAGUGGUCACAUUCGCAGUACCUGUUUAAGGCAUUACAAGAAACGGAAACAUUAAGGGUAAAAUGAUUUGACUUCUCUGUAAGAAAACUGAAGAUAUUUUACAUCCUAUUUUUAUUUUAUCGGUAAAAAUGUUCUAUAGUUAAAUGCUUUAAUAACUAUCCCUUGCAUUGUAAAUACCAGGUUUUUCAAAGAAUGUUAGAUUGAUAGAAUUGCAAGGAGACAUCGUUGAUUUAAUGUGUCAGCAUUAGGGCUGUAUAAAAAGUCCUCAGUGAUAUUCUAGAUGGUCCGAAAUAUUCCCUGUGUGAAUAUAAUGUCUUAGUCACUCUGUCGUCACCGUUUUGUACACAGUCCAGUGGCGAUGCAUUCCCCCCCACCCCCCGACACAUACAUUUAAUAAGGGACAAGUGAGAGUUUUGCAUGCAAUUUGCUUUUCUUUUUUUUUAUUGCAACUUCAAUGAAGUUAAUAAUAAACUGACCCUAAUACAAUUAUAGCGUUUGACCAGAGUUGCCCGUUUGAGACUUGCACAGAAUGACCAUCAUAGGAUGAACUUUGGCUACAGUUUUUGCAAAUGAGUCUUACUAAGUGCUACUGAAAACAACUGUUUAUUUGUGCAAUCUGAAAUGGCAGUGUAUUGUACAGAAUGACGCUCUGGACUCUGCUCUAGAUACCCAAUGUUUUUGUGUUGUUUUCAAAAGCUGAUUUCUUUCUUUCUUUCUUUUAGACUACUUCAAUUGUAUUUGUGGACAUAUAUUACAUGCAUCAUGUAAAAAGCAACAUGUUAUUCUUGGAAAAACAAUAUCAGAUGUUUGAGUAAACACUUGCAGAUAUAUGACUCUGUAC